AUGGAAGUAAUCAACUUGGGGUCUGAGGAGGAUAGAAAAGAAGUCAAAGUUGGAGCACUGCUCGCGCCAGAGGUCAAAGAGAGGAUGAUAAAGCUUCUCCGAGAAUAUACUGAUGUGUUUGCUUGGUCAUACCAAGACAUGCCAUGGUUGAACACCGAUAUUGUGGAGCAUCGUCUACCGUUGAGGCCAGAGUGUCCACCGAUCAGGCAAAAGUUAAGAAGAACUCAGUCGGACAUGGCGAUCAAAACCAAAGAGGAAGUGCAAAAGCAGAUUGAUGUAGAUGAAGAUGUGAUGUACUUACAAGCCAAAGAUUGCAAUGAACCACUUCCAAAUGAAGGGCCAAAGCCAGGUUCUCAAUGGGGUUUAAUAUUUGAUAAAGCAGUUAAUGCUUAUGGUAAUGGUAUUGGGGCAAUAAUCAUCACUCCUCAUGGCUCACAUAUCCCUUUUACUGCAAGAUUAACAUUCAAGUACACGAACAACAUGACGGAAUAUGAAGCCUACAUCAUGGGUCUAGAAGAAGCCAUUGAUCUUAGAAUAAAAACUCUCAAUGUUUGUGGAGACUCAGCUCUAGUUGUCAAUCAAAUUAAAGGAGAAUGGGAAACUCGUCAACCUGGCCUAAUCCCAUCCAAAGACUAUGCAAGGAGGUUAUCUACUUUCUUCAAAAAUAUUGAAUUUCAUCACAUCCCUCGUGAGGAAAAUCAGAUGGCAGAUGCCUUGGCAACUUUGGCAUCCAUGAUCAUUGUGAAUCGUUGGAGUGACGUGCCUAAGAUCGAUGUUAUGCGUCUUGAUAGAUCUUCUCAUGUAUUUGCAAUGGAAGAAGUCUCUGAUGACAAGCCAUGGUACCACGACAUCAAGUGUUAUCUCCAGAGUCAAGAAUACCCACCUGGGGCAUUAAACAAAGAUAAGAAGACCUUGAGAAGACUGGCUAAUAACUUCUUUCUAAAUGAAGACGUGAUAUACAAGAGAAACUUUGACACGAUUUAA